CACAAAACGCAAAAAGAUGGAAGGAGGUGGAGGUGGUGCGGAAAGGCUGGUUGAAGAGCAGCAGCAGCAGCAUGAUGUCAUGGAGGAGAGUGGGGAUGAGCGGAACGACGAGCAACAUGUGGUUGAUGAGAACCAUGGCGGCGGCCAAGAGGACGAUGGGGAGGAGGAGAUUGACGAUGCAGACGUCGCCACGUUCGGAUACGACCAGGCACCGCCGUCCAUGAUCCCGCUCUUCUCCUCCAUAUUCACUACGUUUGCCAACUUUGCCAAAGGUUGGCUUCGCCAGACGCCACACACACAGUCACCACACAACAACGGCAGCCCAACCGCAAUGCAACCACAACGACAGGACCCACCACAUGACGAUGCGCCUGUGCCGGCACUGCUUGGCAGCUUUGCCAACUUUCUUCAGGACUGCUCCACCUCGCUGCCGGCCUCUCCCGUGCGGGAUCGAACACCAGUGUUGGGUUCGCCAACGCUGCUUGAUAUGCGUGAGCACACCGACGCUGCACACGACAACCAACAGCCAGUUCCCCUCACCACUGCUGCCGCAAGCACUCUGAGAACCCCAGCAGCAUCAACAACAGCUGGGGCGGCGGUGCAAGAAGGGGACGAUGUCGUGGGAGCAACGAAAGGCUUUGGAUGCAACGCAGACGCGCCGCCGAUUGAAGAGGAAGUGGAGGGCGAUCGUUUCAGCGAUGCACACGCGUCAGUUCCUGAGGACAACAGUGACCCCGACGACGACGACGAUGACGAUGACGAUGAUGAUGAUGAUGAUGAUGAUGAUGAUGAUGAUGAUGAUGAUGAUGAUGAUGAUGAUGAUGAUGAUGAUGAUGAUGAUGAUGAUGAUGGUGGUGGUGGUGGUGGUGGUAGUGACAAUGGUGGUGGUGACGAGGGAGUGCAGGGUGACAGCCUGAGGAAACGCGUACAACGCGGCCAUGACAGAGCUGGAGUCGGUCGCGGUGAAGCGCACAGUGAUGACGAUGAUGACGAUGAUGACGAUGAUGACGAUGACGACAACGAUGGCGGCGAGACUGGUGAUGGCAUCAACAGUGACGAUGACGAUGACGAUGAUGAUGAAGACGGUGAUGAAGACGGUGAUCCCACGUUCAUCUACGAUUCGCUCCCGCCGUCACUGCAGCUGCCGCUGGCGCAGGUUGCUGCAAGCGUUGCCAACCUGGUCAGGCAGGCGGCGCCCUCUGUGCCGCUGUCACCGCGCACACGCCGGGCGAGCGAGAGGUUUCACUUGCAGUGGCAGCGUGUGCUGGAGCAACAGCAGCAACAGCAGAGACAACAGCAGAGACAACAGCAGAGACAACAGCGGCGGCAGCAGCGGCGGCGGCGGCGGCGGCGGCGGCAGUUGGGUCCGAGACGCAGGCGCGGCCGAGGUGUCACGGAUGGGGUUGCAAGUGACAGUGACGAUGACGAUGCAGCGUUGCAUGCGGAGGACUGGGAGCCCCUGCCAGAAGAACAAGUUCAAGACAAUGACGGUGGUGAUGAUGGUGAUGGUGAUGAUGAUGGCAUCAAUGGAGAAGAGGAAGAAGAGGGAAGAACACGGGCGCGCGCAGACAACGCUGGCCCUCACGGUGACCAUGACGAUGACAAUCGUAGCGAUCAUGAUGAUGGUGGUGGUGUACAGAGGUCACGCAUAUCCAACGGUGAAGAAAAUGAUGAUGAUGAUGAUGAUGAUGAUGAUGAUGACGGUGGUGCGGAUGAUGACGACGACGACAACAACACGUUCAUCUACGACUCACUGCCACCGCAGUUCCUGCCUGCGCUCACGUCGUUCCGACAGCAGCUCACGCGCGUGCCGGCACCCGAGCUCGACAUUCGUGCACUGCAGGACGCGUCGCACCGUCUGGCCGGCAUGGUUGAUGCCGCAGGCACACGGGCCCGCACGGCUGCGCGCGCUGCUCGUGCAACUGUGGACCAAGCGCGUUUAGAUCUCAUUGCCGCCGCCUCCAAAAACGUCGAACGCGCCGUCCAGCGUUUUGAGCGCGCACGAACCGCUUACGCCCAGCGCCACAUGCCACGUGAGGCGCAGCCUGUUCCCGAGCUCAAGACAAUUGUCGCCCAGCAGGUCACCGCAUACAGCUCAGAAUACGGCAUCAAUGGGUACUGCGCAUCCAACCUGACAGGGCCGCGACGUAUCUAUCCAAGAUACGGCGAUUAUUCGCACGCAAUGGUCCUGCGGACCUAUGGGCCGUGGUGGCUGGAGGCACCAGGGGCACCGCCCCCAAUCGCAGACAAGCAGCGCCGCAUCUUCAGAUCUCUAAUGGAUCACGAUUCGCACCCGGAGCCGCAGGACUUUGUUGAGUUCACGCUCCCGGAGCCAUUAUUUGUGCACGGAAUCGACAUCUUCGAGACAUAUAAUCCGGGAUCUGUCGUGCGUGUGCUCGCGCUAUCUGCACCACUGCACUUCGUCACGCGUGGGCGCCUCUAUCAGCGCACGGCUGGCUGGCGCGUGCUGUGGGAGGGUUUGCCCCAGCACGCGUCGCUGCCAAAGCACGUGCGCAAGUUCUCGCCGCCGCUGCAGCCGCCGACCUUCGCAGCGCUGACGAUGCGCAUCGAGUUUGACAGCCGCGGGCUGGACUACUACGCCGAGCUGGACGCGGUGGAGGUGUGGGGGUGCCCUGUUCGCGACAUCGAACGGCUCCUGUCCAACACGCCCGUGCACCACCCGAUCCCCGCCAUGCACCCAGACCCGCACGCGUUCAGCCACACCGCUGCUGCUGGUGGCGGUGGCCAUAGGACUGGUGAACAGCAACAACAGCAGCAAGCGCAACAGGGGCGGCAGCAGCGACGUGACGCUGUCCAAGCUGAAGUGGAGAUGCUACGGGUGCGCGCACACCAUGAGCAACAGCACGGACGACUUGACUGGGACGUGGACAUACCAGGAGAGAGGACGGUGACGAUUGGACAGAGGAUCAUGCAAAUGCUGACACUGCAGCAGGCGGCGAACGCGGCGAUGGCGGUGGCAGCAUUGACACCCACACUUGGGGGACGCGUGGCGGAGACAGGCAGCGGUGAGAGUGGUGAUGGCGCUGUUGAGGGUCGUGACACCAGUGGUGGUGGUGGUGGUGUUGAUGGUAGUGUUGGUCGUGAUGGUGCUGGUGAUCAAGGUCAGGGCCAUGGGGACAGUGGUGUUCAUGCCGGCGACAGCAACGCACAACAUCAGCGCGGGCCAUUACAGCAGCAGCAGCAGGAGGCGCAGGGCGAAGAAGUGGACCAGAUCAACAAUAGCAGCACUGACCAGAACAGCAAUGGUGACACCACUGCUCUCGAUGGUGACGGUGGUGCUGAUGGUGAUGGUGGAGGUGAUGUGGACGGGGGUCGGGACAAUGGCAGCAGCGGUGAAGACGAUGCGGUGGAUGAGCGCGUGUGCAUCACUGAACUUCCGGAGGAAAUGAUCGUGUCCAUCCUGAGCCACCUUGAUCUUGUCGGACAGCUGCGUCUUGGGCUGACGUGUCGCCGGUUCCUUGCCAUUGUUGAUGCAAUCAUCGGUGGUCUUGAUGCAAUCGACCUCCAAACCGCAUGGGAAUCCGCACACCACUCGACUCUGCGCGUGCUCCGGCUGCAAGCGUGUGCAAUGAUCAACGACACCACUGUUGACAUCAUCGUUAAGACGUGUCCAGAUCUGGAGGACCUUGAUCUCCAAAGCUGCUUCAACAUCAGCGCCGUUGGCUGCCGGUCUCUCCGUCAUCUCACAAAACUCAAGCGUCUCAACCUCUACGGCGUGCGCUGCUCUUCGCGCGCUCUUGCGCCAGCAAUUGCGAGGUGGCACGACAUGGAACAUCUCAACCUCGGACAUACGUUGUCGCACGUCAACGAUGUGGGCAUGGCCAUAUCUGCGCUCAUGCACUGCCCAAAGCUGAUCAGCCUCGACCUGUGGCGAACGCGUGGCCUCCAAGCAGAGGACUUGCUUCGAGUGCUGUCACGCUGUCCGAACCUGCAGUCUCUCGAUGUUGGCUGGGCGCGCAUGCUGUCUCUGAACGAAGUGAUACCACCACUGCACCGCCACGUGCCCCGUCUUCGCAAACUCUUUGCAACUGCAAUCCGCAAUUUCACGGAUGCCCACCUCGCACAGCUCGCACGCUGCACAGAGCUUGAGCAAUUGGACUUGCUUGGUUCAUCAAGCAUCACUGUGGAAGGACUGACGCUCCUGCUGCAAUCGUGCCCAAACAUGCGUUUGCUCGACGUUUCAUUCUGCCGCCACAUUUCAAUGGAGACGGUGGUGGCGCUGCGGCAACAGUUUCCACACGUCGACAUCAAGCGCAGCUUUGCAUGA